UCCAAAAUGCCAGGCUAGCUUCACUUCUAGUGUCGUGUCUCUCUCUCUCACCGAAUCAAAAACCGAACCAAAACCAUUCUUUUUUUUCGUUUUUUUCUCAAUAUAUAUCAUCUUCAUUCUUUUAUUUCUUUGAGAAAUCACAAAGAAAUGAGAAGUUGAUACUGUUUCUUUGGGGUUUUCUUCUUCUCUUGCUCGCUGUUUUGUCUCUCAUUUUUUUGGCAUUUGAGAAAUGCAAAUGUAUUCCAGUGCUGGUGAUUGUCUUGGAUCACUGGAAGGCACGAAUCUCUCCAGAGAUGCUUGUCUUUUGCUCACCAGUGAUCCUAAGCCUCGUCUCCGUUGGACUGCUGAGCUUCAUGAGCGUUUUGUUGAUGCUGUCACCCAGCUUGGUGGCCCUGACAAAGCGACACCAAAAACCAUUAUGAGAACAAUGGGUGUCAAGGGCCUAACUCUCUACCAUUUGAAGAGUCAUCUUCAGAAAUAUAGAUUGGGUAGACAAGCCUCCAGCAAGGAGAACCCAGAUAAUUCCAAGGAAGGAAAUGACAUUAGUGAGAAUCAGGGAUCUGGACCAAAACCACUACCAUCAUCAUCGUCGUCAAAAUUAAUUACUCAAGAGUUGAAUGAUGGAUGUAAUGAGGCAAUGAAAGUCCAAAUGGAACUCCAGAGAAGACUGCACGAGCAACUAGAGGUUCAGAGGCAUCUUCAGGUUCGCAUUGAAGCUCAAGGCAAGUACUUGCAUUCCAUACUGGAGAGAGCCUGCAAUGCCCUUUCGGAAAACAACCAUUCAAAAUCAGAAGCAGAGUUAGUGAAACACGAAAUUCUUGAACUGUCAAACAUCACUGAAUUAGACAAUGGCUUAAACAUCCUGUCUGAAUCAAUCAACAUGCCAUUUUAUGAUAUUGCUUUGACAUGCCUAGAAAAUAAAUCAAUGAAUGCUGGAGUCCGUCAGAUAGCUGAAGGUUCAAGUGAAAGCUGCUUGACAUCGCCAAUUAAUAGCCCUGCAAGUGUGCAGGCAAUCUUCAAUUCCAAUAUUUCUCUCAAGAAAAGACCCUGGCAUUGUCUGGAGACAAUGAUUCACAUGGCUGGGAUGGAAACAUGCGGAAGGAUUUGAGUUAUUUGAUAGUGACCAGCACUGGAUUUGUUGAAGUCCUGGUUUCCAAACUUCGUUGGAAGGGGGACUCUUAUCAGAGACAAAUGCAUUCUGCAAGAAAGCAUUGUAGCAAAAUCAAUAGAAAGCUCAACAUGUUCUUGCAUCCUUUCUUUUUUUGUAAUUAUUUUUUCUCAUUGUCUUUCAUAUUAUAGGAAACAUUCCAACUGGAAAAUCAAAGUUCUAGUUACUCUUUGAAGUA